AUGGAACAUCUUUUGAGGAGAUACAAAGCAGUUGGCAUUAGACUGGACUCUGGUGACCUUGCCUAUUUGUCUUGUCAAGCCAGGAAGAUCUUUUGCUGCAUUGAAAAGGAAUUCGCGGUGUCUGGCUUUGGGAAGACUAGUAUUACAGCUAGCAAUGAUCUUAAUGAGGAAACUUUAGAUGCUUUAAAUAAACAGAUCAUGGAUAAUUUGACUUCCUUUCCUGCUUACAUCAUCAUUACUGUUCAUCUAGGAAUUGUUUUGAGAAUGGCUCGCUUAAUUAAGGAUGGUUCUUUAAGAGAGCAGAAGUCUAGUGCAGAACCUCUACAGGUUGAAACAAAUGAGGCCUUGUUUGGUGUAAAAAGCACAUUCAAUGAGGAACUAUAUACAACAAAGCUUGAAAAAGGGCCUCAGACAAGAGAAUUGGAAAAACAAGCCUUAAGAAUAGCAAGAGAAAUUGAGGAUAAGGAAACCCAAGAUCUGCAUCUUGCGGAGAUUGAACCAGAAUCACAAACAAAACUUUUAGAUGCUACACUGAACUUGGAAGGAGUGUUGUUGGCUGGAGUUCCAGGAGCAGGAGGAUUUGAUGCUGUCUUUGCUGUUACUUUGGGAGAUUCAAGCAGCAAUGUGACAAAAAUAUGGAGCUCACUCAAUGUUCUUGCCCUUCUGGUUAAAGAAAAUCCUUGUGGCGUUUCUUUAGAAAGUGUUGACCCUAGAACAAAUGAAAUCACUUUAGCUGUAUCUUCAAUUCAUAUUGAAUAA